AUGUCUUCCGAUGCCCAACACCUCCGAAUCCGCAGCGCAAGGUCAACAGGCCAUGACGCCCAGUUUGUAGUUGCAGCGUGGGAUUCCACACUGCCGUAUCUCGCUUCCAUUGGCGCCGGCGAGAUGUGGGGAGGCCAGCCUUUUUCCCAGAGAGAAGGCUUCGAGGAGGAAAUCAAGGAUGUUGUUCUCAAGUCGGAAGAGGACGACUGGAACGAUAGUCGGCGUCUUCUGAUGGCGGAAGUUGAGACCCCGGUGGAUGGCACCUCAAACAUUGUCCCAGUUGGAGCGGCGCUGAUCCGCGACACCUUGCCGUAUUAUCUUACAGAACGUCAGGAGCUCAAGAGUGAGAUAGAGAAGAAGAGAUCGCUUCUGUUCAUCGAGGUCAUCAUCUCGGACCACCGAUCUCAGCCUCGGUAUAGAGGUACGGGAGCUGCUCUGGUGGAGGCCAUCAAGCGCCGUGCACUGGAAAAAGGCAAAGAUGUUGUGUACCUAGAUGCAUGGGCGGGCAAUGGAAGGAAGUUGAACAGGCAAGUGUACUACGAAGGUCUCGGUUUUAGAAAUGUUGGCGACUUCCAUUUGACGAGAAACAAUGGAUCUACAUGGCCGGGAACUCUCUACUGCAUAGAUAUUAAUACUUCAAAUGCGCAGGUAGCUGAAGCAGGUAGCUGA